AUGGCGUCUUUUGCAUUCCGCCGCGUCUCGAAGCGCGUGGUGCUUGGCCUGGGCGCAGGUGUCGUCGGCUUCGCAGGAUCCGCCAUUGUAUCAGCCAAAGAACCACAGCGUCUUGUCGCACCUAUUCAAUGUGAGGAUGGAUCGACCAUCAUUCCGUACGAAACACCGUCGCGUGCAGUACAGCUCGAUCGUCUCAAGAAAGAGCAAUUUGAUGUGCUUGUAAUUGGUGGUGGUGCCACUGGCUCUGGUUGUGCGCUGGAUGCAGCCACACGCGGUCUUAACACGGCGGUAGUGGAGGCUAGUGACUUUGCCGCUGGCACGUCGGGUCGCUCGACAAAGCUCAUCCACGGCGGUAUCCGCUACUUGGAGACGGCUUUUUUGAAGCUUGAUUAUGCCGCAUUUAAGCUAGUGAACGAGGCACUCGAGGAGCGCUCUUUCUUCCUCUCAGCCGCGCCUUACAUGAACCGGCCAUUGCCCAUUAUGAUCCCCAUCUACAAGUGGUGGGAGGUGCCUUAUAUGUGGGUGGGUGCUAAGGCCUAUGAUAUUGUAGCCGGUAGCAAGCGCUUCGUACCUGGUAGCUACUAUAUUAACGCUGAGGAAGCCAUGUUUCAGUUCCCCAUGCUCCGUAAGGAGGGACUAAAAGGCGCCAUUGUCUACUAUGAUGGACAGAUGAACGAUACGCGUAUGAACGUGUCGAUUGCACUUACGGCGACGCAGAACGGAGCAACAGUGGCCAACUACGUCAAGGUGGUGCGUCUGCUCAAGGACGACGAGGGCAAAGUGCGUGGCGCCCACGUGAAGGACACUCUAACUGGUGAGGAAUGGGAUGUCAUGGCCCACGCCGUCGUAAACGCUACAGGUCCAUUCACCGAUUCGCUCCGUCAGAUGGAUGACCCCGAAAAGGAAAAGAUCUGCGUGCCUGCUGCAGGAGUACACACAGUGCUUCCGGACCACUUCAGUCCUAACCGUAUGGGACUGAUUGUGCCCAAAACGAGCGAUGGUCGUGUACUGUUCUUCUUGCCGUGGGAGAAUGGAACGCUUGCUGGAACGACGGACUCACAGUCGGAGAUCACGAUGUUGCCGUCGCCUACGAAGGAUGAGGUCGACUUUAUCAUUAAUGAGGCAAACCGCUACCUUGCUAAGGAAGUCACGCGCAAUGACAUCAAGUCGGCGUGGUCGGGUAUUCGUCCACUUGUUAAGGACCCGCGUCACACGGAUGGCUCGACGGCCAAGAUCUCGCGCGAGCACGUUGUUGAGGUGUCGGAGUCAAACAUGGUGACGAUUGCUGGCGGGAAAUGGACCACGUAUCGUCGUAUGGCUCAGGAUGCGAUUGACAAGCUGGUGGAGACCGUCCCGGAGAUUAAGGCCAAGGCUUUGCCUUGCAAGACGAAGGACGUGGGCAUCAUUGGUGCCGACCGCUUUGGUGAGGUCUGCAAUAAAAAGUUUGACAAGAUCACUGUCACCCUGCGUGAGAAUUACAAUUUGGACAAGGAGAUUGCUGAGCACUUGAUGCGCAACUACGGCACUCGCGCUCUACAGGUCGCCGAGAUCGAGCAGGCUGGCUUCCUGGACCGCAAGCGAAGUGACCACCCGCGCCGUCUGCACCCAAAGUACCCUUACCUGGAGGCCGAGGUCGUGUUUGCUGUGCGACAGGAGUACGCCCAGAAGGCAACAGACAUUCUUGGUCGUCGUAUGCGUUUGGCCUUCAUUGACAGCGGUGUGGGCAUGGAAAUGGCGCCGCGUGUGGUGCACAUGAUGGGUGAACUGCUCGACUGGUCGAAGGCUCGUCGGGCGCAGGAGAUGGCGGAGUGCAAGGAGUACCUGGAGACUAUGCACAACUAA